AGAACUAUUUACUCUUGAUUGAAGACCGAAAGUUUCUGUAACAUAGUGUGUUUGGUCUUGAAAAUUCGAGCUUGAAAGUAGUAUUUCGUUGUGGGGUUCUGACUUUUCCAUUCUUGUCGAAGUUUUGACACCAAAAAUGUUGAAGAACGAAGUACUGUAUUUUUUGUCUAAGUGUAGUAGCUCUCUAAAGAAGUGUAAUAACCAGAUCGUUUGACAUAUUUGAUUAUAAAUUUAAAUUGGUUUGCACUUUGAACCCUUUUAGCAUGCCUUUGACAAACGAGAUAUUUUUUGUUUACCCAUUUUUGGACUUUAGCCAUCAAAUCGAACCAUAAUUAACCACUUGGAAUUAUUUUUGUCUCCUGGGCUAGUGGGAGUGUUUGGGCAUGAGACCACAUAAUCGAACCAGUCCAGACAGAAAUUAUUUUUGACAUGUUUAACAGAUAAGAUUAACCCAUCUCUUCUUGGGAACUGCUAUAAGAACUGCAAAGUUCGGACUUGCCAAGCCAUUUGCCAAUAUUUAGCAAGGCAGAUAACAUGGCCAAGAACUAUUGGUCGUUCUUUCAACACUGCCUAAUCCUGGGGUUAAUGUUCGGGUGGAGUCAGCAGGCUUCGCUUUCGAGGAGAGACUACUAUACGGCUGGAGUGGUGGAGUUCAGACCGUCGCACUUGUUGUCCGAUAACCUAGACGCCUAUGUGGAGAUCAUUCACUCGAAGAAUGCGAGUACGACGGACAUCAUUGUCUUCCCGGAGAGCACCCUCAACGACAUGGGUCCAACGACCUUUGUGCCCAAGCCCGAGGACCGCAUAAAUCCCUGUUUGAGUGAUCCCCAUGGCAGCCACUUCGAGGACUACCUAGUGACCCUGUCCUGUGCGGCCCGCAAUGCCAGCAAAUACAUCGUGAUCAAUCUCACGGAGAAGCAGAAGUGCGAGGAUGUUCCCGAGGAUACUCGACCCUGUGCGUCGAACGGUCUCAAUGUGUACAACAGCAACGUGGUCUUCGAUCGCCAGGGAGUGGUGGUGUCCAGAUACCGCAAGGUUCACCUCUAUGGCGAACCCAAGAACACCACCUUCCUGCCGGAGCUGAGCACCUUCGAGACGGACUUCGGGGUGACCUUCGGGCACUUCAUCUGCUUCGACAUCCUGUUCUACACGCCGGCGCAUCAGCUGGUGGACCAGGGAGUCACGGACUUCGUCUACCCGGCCAUGUGGUUCUCCCAACUGCCCUUCCUCACAGCUGUUCAGAUGCAGUUGGGCUGGUCCUAUGCCAACGAUGUGAGUCUGCUGGCUGCGGGGGCCAGCGACCCCACCGUGGGGAACAGUGGCUCGGGGAUUUACCAAGGUCGCAGUGGCUCCCUGAGGAGUGUGAUGCGUCUGGGCUCCGGCGAGCGGGCUAUUUAUGUGGCCCGGGUGCCCAAAUACAAGGCCAAAAGGCGGACGAAGAGGGAUCUCAACCGAUCUCAGCAGGUGGCCACCAGUUCAAGUUUCAACAUAAAGCGUGACUACCUGGAGAACUUCACCAGCGAGGAGCUGAAGAUUGAGGCUGGCAAGAGCGGCGAUCUCAGCAAGAUCCUCUGCCAUGGUGGCUUCUGUUGCCACUUCGAUGUGGCCUGGAGAUCCUUGGAAACCGCUGCGGGGAACUCCAGUUACUACAGCUAUCGCGUGGGCAUUUUCGACGGCUGGCGCAAUCAGAAGCGGCUGGAUGUCAACUAUAUUCGGAACUGCGGCCUGUUCACCUGCUCCGGGCACUCGAUAGACGACUGUGGUCAGCUGCUGCCUGACCUGCAGAAGCCCGUGGUGACCUUCACCCAACUGGAGAUUCGGGUCACCUAUCCGCACUCAAGGGAGUUUCUUUUCUUCCCCGACACCCUGCUGGACAGUCUUCUGCCUCUGGAGCCCAAACAGUUCGAGUGGUCCCAGCAACAGCCCUCCGAGGGGAGCCAUCAGGUGCGGUUUGCUCUAGGGGAAUCGCAGGAGGUCAGUAACCUGCUGACCUUUGCCAUUUACGGCAACUACUACUACAAUGAUUGCACUUUUGGCGUGGGAACCGCCGAGGAGCAACUGGCCUGUGGUUAUAAGAACCCACAAAUAUAA